CACUUGAGCUUCUCUUUGCAAGUUUCGGCGACUGCGAAAGAGUUCAGGCCAGCGGGACGCCGAACGGGCCACGGGAAAAGACGCCACCUUUGGGAACGGGACGCGUCCAAAAUGACAAGCAGCCGCUCGGCUGCAAAAGCGGACGUGCGAGUUAGCAACCGGCUCGGUUUAGAUCGUCUUAGCUCGGCUUUCGUCGGCCUCUGCUCGGUUUGGCUCGGCUUAGCUCGGCUUUGGUCGGCCAGCUAACGCGGGCAACAAACAUGGCCGCCCGGGCUGCGCCUCAAGAAGACUUCGCCAGCUGAGAGCUGCUUGCAGAACAACGAGGACCGAAGCCCCGAACUCCACAAUACUCAGCAGCUUUGAUUUCCCUCGGUGGUUUUGUUUGUUUUGUUUGUUUGUUUGCGAGAUGGGGCACCCUCCCCUGGAGUUUAGCGACUGCUACUCGGACAGUCCCGACUUCAGGGAGACGCUCAAGUGCUACGAGCUGGAGCUCCACAGGACCAGCAAAUUCCUCAAGGAAUUAAUCAAAGACGGCAACAGUGUCAUCAACGCCAUCAAGGGUUAUUCUGUGGCCGUGCAGAAGCUCUCCCAGACGCUCGGCGUCUUCCAGUUCGACGUCAUCGGUGACUCCCUGACGGAUGACGAAAUUAACAUCGCUCAGUCGUUCCAGGAGUUUGCGGUCCUCUUGCAGGAAGCCGAGCACGACAGGAUGAUGCUGGUUCAGAAUGCGUCCGAUCUGCUCAUCAAGCCUCUGGAGAAGUUCAGAAAGGAGCAAAUCGCAUUAACGAAAGAAAAGAGGAAGAAAUUCGAGAAGGAGGGUGAAAAAUACUACUCGCAGCUGGACAAACACCUGAAUCUUUCUGCCAAGAAGAAGGAGAGCCAACUUCAAGAGGCCGAUGAGGUUUUGUGUAAAGAGCGAGUCAACUUCUACGAGUCCUCGGUGGAGUACGUGUACCAGAUCCAUCAGGUCCAAGACAGGAAGAAGUUUGACGUGGUGGAGCCUGUGUUGGCGUUUCUCCACAGCAUUUUGACCCUGAACAAUUUAACGGUGGAGAUGACGCAGGACUUCAUGCCCUACAAGCAGGAGCUGCAGCUCAGCCUGCAGAACACGAGGAACCACUACGAGAGCACGCGCGAGGAGAUGGAGGACCUGAUGAAGCGAAUGAAGCGCUCCUCGCAGAUCUGCAAACGGCCCAGCUGGCUGCCCAUGGCGGGCUACCUGUACUGCCAGGAGAAGUGGGCCCUGGGCGUGACGUGGGUCAAAUAUUACUGCAAGUAUCGCACCGAAGGACGACUGCUGCUCAUGGUUCCUUGCGAACAGAAACCCACCGCGAAGCAGGGGCCCACGCAGCUGACCCUCAAGUCCUGUGUCCGCCGCAAGACCGACUCCAUAGACAAGCGCUUUUGUUUUGACGUGGAAGUGAACGAGAGAAACACGCCCGUCACGUUCCAGGCUCUUUCGGAGGGAGACCGGAAGUUGUGGAUGGAGGCCAUGGAUGGAAAAGAUCCCAUCUAUCACUCCCCAAUCCACAAGCAGGCAGAGAUGGAACUCAACGAAACGGGAUUCACGUUUGUGCGCAUGUGCGUCGACUAUGUGGAAGAAAAGGGACUCACACAAGAGGGCGUGUACCGGACGGUUGGCAGCAACAUCCAAGUGCAGAAGCUCCUAAAUGCCUUCUUCGAUCCUGCAAACUCGGCGGACGUGGACCUGCGUGCCGGCGACUGGGACGUUAAAACCGUCACCAGCGCAAUGAAGUUUUAUCUGAGAAGUCUGUCGGAACCUCUGAUGACCUACGAUCUGCACCGAGACCUGCUGCUAGCUGCAAAAUCGGACAGUCUGGACUUCCGACUGAGCGAGAUUCACUCGCUCGCCUACAAACUACCCGAGAGAAAUCGGGAGAUGCUGGAGAUGCUUCUCAAGCACCUGGCGGCCGUGUGCGGCCGCAGCCGAGACAACCUGAUGACGCCGUCCAACAUGGCCGUCAUCUACGGGCCCACGCUGAUGAGGGCCAAGGAGGAGACGGUGGCCGCCAUGCUGGACAUCAAAUUCCAAAAUAUUGUCGUGGAGAUUCUGAUCGAGGAAUACAAAAAGAUUUUCAGCCACGCGCCGGAGGACAGCAACGCCCCGCCCGUCCCGCCGCCGCGCAUCACCCCGAGAAAGCGGCAGCCCAUCACCAUCUCCAAGCGGCCGCCUCGUCUUUAUCCGCCUCCGAGUCACGAGCGCUUCGUCCAGCAGCGGCGGCGCACCGAGAACGGAGCGAGUAGCGACUCGGCGGUGGACGGCGACGCGUCGGCGAGCCCCGUCCCCUUGCAGAGGACCAAAUCUUCCAACUGUCCUCCGCUUGUUCCUCGAGAAGCUCCUCGCAAGCAAGCGCCGCUGUGCAGAGCGGCCAACGUCGAUGCCAGUCGGGUGGAAAGGCCGGAGUCGUCUUCGUCGCCCAACGGAGAGCGCGGACCCCCCGUCGGUCGAGUAGCGUCGUUCCGGGGCCGAAGACCUCCGACGAAAGGAGAUUGCGACGGACCGAGCAGAGCGGGCCGGGCGACGCCCGUUUGCAGACCGCCGGUCAGACCUCCCGAGCCGCCCUCCAGGCAGCCCGCCGGCGGCGACGCGUCCGCCGCAUCCUAUGUUGCCUCAAAGGCGAAAUUCUUUGAGAAUGCCUCGAGAAACGUUAGCAGCAGCUUUGCAGACACCAUCAGCAGCGACAAAUGAGAAAAAAGAGAGCUGAGCCGAGCUGAGCCGAAGCCGUCGGCGCCUGGCACGUGACCGGCGCGGCGAGCGGCCGACCGAAUGGUUUGAAUCCUUUCGAGGCGACGCGGCCGCAAAGUGACUUUCGAAGGUCCUUCCGAAGUUUGGAGCUUUUCUGUUACUUCCUGUUGCUCGACAUCGUUGGAACUUACUUCCAAUUCUGUCCUUUCGUAACCUUUGUGUCAUCAGUAUGUGAUUAAUCCAAAAGUGCUUAGUUUGAAAGUGUCAAAUUCAUUUUUCCCCCCCCCACUUGAACAUGAAUAAGCAAAUUGUGAGUGGAAACAUAACGGAAUUUUAUAUAUUUCUUCCUUUGCAAUUCUUCUGCUCCUAAAUCGGGCAUCAUGAAAAGUAUUCAUACGUUUAUGAUGUUGAAGUAUUUUCUGCCCUUGUAGGUCAAGUUUGUGCCGGGGAAAAAAACCAAGAAACUGUUUGCACUUCCAAUAUAUUUUAAGCAAAUUUUGUAAGUGUGAGAUUAACGCGCCAUUGUUCCAUUUGUAUUUACCUGGAAAUUGUUUUUGUGAAGCAAAUCUCAACUGCUUCUUUCUGUUCCCUUCCCUGUUGUAUUACAGAUUUUUCAUAUUUAA